AUGUACCGCCAAAUAUGCGUAGCACCGAAGCACAUUGAUCUACAGCGAAUUGUAUGGCGUCGAGAUCCGAGUUUACCCAUACAAGACUAUCGUAUGCUGCGCGUAACUUACGGCGUGGCAGCCGCGUCUCAUCUAGCUGUGAGAUCGCUACAACAAACCGCAAAAUAUUCGCACAUUUGUGAGAAAGCUUCUGCUGUCAUCCACAAAGACUUUUACAUGGACGAUCUCAUCACUGGUACAUCGUCCAAAGAAGAGCUGCUACUUUUACAGCAAAGUGUCUCCGAAAUCCUGAAAGAAGGUGGCUUCGAGCUUCGAAAGUGGCCAUCGAAUUGUGCGGAACUUUGCGAAAAAAUAUCAAAUGCAUCGAAAACAAUAUCUCACUACAUAGUCGACGGUGAGAAUGUCCACGCUUUGGGUCUAGUGUGGAAUACAGCAGAGGAUUACCUAACGUUCGUGGUUAAUUGGAAGAAGCCACCCGCUAUUUUAACGAAGAGAACCUUUCUAUCUGAUGCUAGCACGCUUUUCGAUCCUCUGGGACUGCUCGCUCCAGCGACGAUAAGAUCGAAAAUGUGGUUCCAGGAGAUUUGGCGUAACAAUGUUGGUUGGGAUGACGUCAUUCCUGACUCUACUGCAAUGAAGUGGUUGGCACAUCGCUCGGAGCUGCAACUUCUUUCGAACUUGAAGGUAACUCGCUGGAUUGGCUCAGGUGCAACUGGGUCACUCACUGAGCUGCAUAUCUUUGCUGACGCGUCCGAACGAGCUUACGCCGCCGUUAUGUACGCGCGCACCUUGCAACCCGACGGCCGGGUCACUGUUGCGCUGAUCUCGUCGAAGUCCAAAGUAGCGCCGCUUAAAACAACAACGCUGCCCCGUCUAGAACUAUGCGCUGCGCAUCUCGCUGCUAAGUUGGUGCAAAGCGUGUUACACAGUUGGGACGAUCUCCGCUAUCCGCUGUAUGCCUGGACGGACUCCACAAUCACGUUGGCGUGGAUGCAAGCGCAUCCUAGCAAAUGGCUGACGUUCAUCGCCAAUCGGCGCAAAAAGGCCAAUCCCGCUUCGCAGCAGUCUUUUGCGCUUGCAGCCAUACCUCGAUGA